AUGGGGAACCUGACAAUGCUGCUGGUGAUCAGAGCUGAUUCUCACCUCCACACGCCCAUGUACUUCUUCCUGAGUCACCUCUCCUUCCUGGAUGCUUUCUAUUCCUCAGUCAUUGUGCCUAAACUGCUAGAGAACCUUCUUUCCAAGUGGAAGACUAUAUCCCCCCUUGAGCGUUUCACCCAGAUCUCCUUGGUCAUAUUUUCCGGGGCCGCUGAAGCUUGCCUCCUUUCAGUCAUGGCUUAUGACUGGUUCCAGGCUGUGUGCCACCCACUGUUGUAUGUGGUGGCUAUGAACAAGAAGGUAUUUACUGGCCUGGUGGGAGCAUCGUGGACCAUAGGAAUGGGGACUGGCCUGGUUAACAGCAUCCUUCUGGCUCAGCAGCACUUCUGUGGCCCCAAUCUUGUCCGCAGUUUUGCCUGCGAGCUUCCCCCAGUGCUCCUGCUGACCUGUUCGGACCCCUAUGUUAGUGUUGCCUCCAUCCUGACCACCAUGGCUGUCCUGGGCCUUGGUACACUUAUCUUAUUGCUGGGCUCCUACGGUCGUAUCAUCAUGACAGCCCUGGGAAUCAACUCUGCCAUGGGUCAGAGCAAGAUCUUUUCCACCUGCUCUUCUCAUUUUCUUGUGGUCACCAUCUUUUAUGGUUCAGGAGUUUUCAGGUACAAGACCCCAGCAUCUGGCUCAGCCCUGGAUCAAGUACUCUCUGUGCAGUACAGUGUGGUGACCCGCUGCUAA